GAUGUGUUGCUUGGAGUGUGCCUAAAUUCUGCCCCGAAAAGAAGCCUCUACCAACACAGAGAGGAACAGAAAGCACAGAGGAAAGCGAGAGCAUGCCAUGGACGUCGCAAAAGCGGCUCAUCCCGAGCAGCAUCACUUCAUCACGGGAAGCCCCUCGCCGAAGCUGCUAAAGCUGGAGCCUUUCGCUGCCGAUCUCCUCUAGCCUCCCGGCCCUCCUCCUCUCCCGGAGAGCCCUUCGCCGCCCACUCCAACGAGCCGAGGCGCCAAAAAUAAACUUGUAAUUCUCCGCCCGAUCCUCGCGGAGGCGGUCGAUGGAGGUUGCCGCGGCGGGAGAGCCGGCGCCCGCGGGCGAGUGGCUGGAGGAGCGCGGCGUGGACGCCGUGUACCUCCCCAGGCUGAUCGCCGGCGUCAUCUCCGGCGCGCUCACCGGCCUCUUCGCUCUCGCUGGAGCAUUGACCGGGGCCGUCACCGGCGCGCUGGCGGGCAGAGCCUCCGACAGCGGCGUUCUCCGGGGAGCUGGACUGGGAGCGAUUGCCGGGGCCGUCCUCUCCAUCGAGGUUCUCGAGGCGUCUCGCGCGUACUGGUGCUCGGACCGGCUCGGCACAUGCUCCAUGGCAGAUUUCAUAGAGCAGCUCCUUCAUGCCCGGUUUGUGCAACAGCAGCUUGGAUCCUCGGCACACAUGGCGUACCGUUGGCAGCUCAGCAUACCGGAUUUUGGGCACGAUGAUGUGUACGACAUCUUCGGGGACAUUUCGUCGAGAGGGCUUUCGCGGGAGGCACUGGAGAAAUUACCGCACUAUGUGGUGGCUGAUCAGGCUCAGGCUCAGGGCAAAUCGGGUGAAAACCUGUCUUGCGCCAUCUGUCUACAGGAUAUGGUAGCCGGUGAGAUGGCGAGAAGGUUGCCCACUUGCUCCCAUGCUUUUCAUCAGCUCUGCGUGGACAAAUGGCUCAUUAGCCACGGUUCAUGCCCUGUGUGUCGGCAACAUGUGUAGCGUACAUAGGUAUACAUUGCUUACGAUCUGAGUUCUCUGCCCUAGGAGUUAUUAGUUGUGUAAAAUGUCUGCUCCUAUACAAUGUAGAAAGGCAGGGGAGAGGGGAGAGAGAGUAUACACACAGCGUUGUAAAUUAGAUUAAUCUGUCUAUUUUACUCCAAGGCUCCAAGCAAGUGGAUAUGUACAUCUGGUAUUUUCUUUUACAUUAAGCGCAAAUGUAAAGUUGAACAACAUGCACGGCUGCCGUAGGAUGUAUACAAGCCAUUUUAGAAUGUGGACAUGUGGUUAAUGCUGAUGGAUGUAUCUUCUUUCCCCUUUUUUGCAUCGAUGAUGGACGUAUCUCUGUUGCGUCCUAGUAUAUAUGUGAAUGAAAUGAGUUCUGUA